AUGUCGCCCUCAGUAGACCACACAAAGGUCACGCCCCCGUAUGCGCGGCCGAAUCUACAUAUCUAUGGCUUUGGAGUGGAAUAUCCUCCUUAUGAUAUCAAGCCUGAAGAAUUGGCCACCCUCGCGAGGCGUCAUUACCCCAGCACACCAGCCUUAGACAAGGUUCUGUUCGUCAAUGAAUACACAGGAAUUGACUCUCGAUCCGCGAUUGGCAAUAUUGACCACCCCAUUGCCAAUGCGCCUGAUCCACCAACUAUAGCUGAACUCUGUGAUCUGUUCCUUGACCAUGGUGUAAAGCUAUCGGUUGCAGCUGCCCAAAAGGCGAUAGACCAAUGGGGAGGGGAUUUGUCGGAGAUCACCCACGUCGUUGCGACCACAUGCACCAAUUCAGCAAAUCCAGGAUACGAUCAUUACGUUGUCAAGCAGCUCGGUCUGAACCAGAGUAUUGAGAAGGUUCUCUUGCAUGGAGUGGGAUGUUCUGGCGGACUGGCUGCUUUACGCACUGCUGCGAACAUAGCGCUAGGAUCGAGCUUCCGACGAAAACCCGCCCGGAUUCUGGUUCUGGCAUGUGAGAUUUCGAGUACUCUUGUGCGAUCCGAGCUGGACUCGAUCCACAAGAACCAAGAAGUAAGGAUAGGCGUUGCUCUGUUCAGUGACUGCGCAUCAGCGGUCGUAAUUGGUAAUGGGUUCAGUAGUCGUUAUGACGAGGAGCCAAUAUUGGAGUUGUUGGAUUGGGAUCACAGAAUUAUCCAGGAUACCGAGAAGGACCUGGGGUUCGACGUGGAUCCAGUCGGCUGGAAGGUUGUUCUGACUCAACGAGUCCCAAAGCUCGCCUCGGCUGCUGUUCCCGCAAUGUUUGAGGAUCUAGUGAGCAGAAUACCCGAGCUCGUGGAUCAGGGCAAGUUCAAAGGCUCUGAUUAUGACUGGGCACUCCAUCCUGGAGGUGCCACGGUUAUCUCUGGAGUAGAAAAAGCAAUGCAUCUUACUCCUGAGCAUCUCCGUGCAAGCUAUGAGAUUUACAUCACUCAUGGUAACAGCUCUAGUGCCACCAUCUUCAGCGUUAUGCAGAGAUUGACGGAAGGGGAGACCACGGAUCAUAUUGUGGCAUGUGCAUUUGGUCCUGGGAUUGCUGUUGAGAUGAUGAUAUUGAAAAGAGUCAAAGAAGGAUCAAGGACCGGUUCUGAAAGCCCUACAGAGACAUUGGUGGCUGAAGAUGUUGACUGA